AGUUUUCUAUCAAAAACUUUAAAGACAAUAAGGCAGCUGGAUUAGAUGAAAUAUCAGUAGAACUGUUAAAACUAGUGGAAGAGGAUAACUUGGAAGUAUUGGCAGAUUUAUUCAACACGGGGUGUACGAUACGGGAAUAAUACCACAAGAGUGACUGAAGUCAGCAUCUAUAACGAUCCCUAAAAAACAAGCAGCAAAAGAGUGCUCUGAUUAUUAUCGAACACUGAGCCUCAUGAGUCAAGUAAUACGUAAGAGAAUAUACGAAAGGCUAGAGGAGGAUAUUAGCGAGACGCACGAUGUCGGGAUGUAAAUGUUGAUCUACACUUGUGCUUCGUUGACUACGAAAAAGCUUUCGAUAAAGUAAGACAUGAAAAACUAAUAUCAAUAAUUAUGAACAAGCGCAUUGAGAGUAAAAUCAUAAAUAUAGUGCAAACAUUAUAUCGGAACCAAAGUGCCAUAAUUCAAAUUCAUGGUUAAUACUCAGAAGAAAUGAGGAUCUGUAGAGGAGUUAGACAGGGAUGUGUUUUAUCGCCACUUUUGUUUACUUAUAUUCUGAAGAAAUUUUCCAAAACAGGCUCAAUAAUAUAGAAGCGGGAGUCACCGUUAACGGAAAAUUAAUUAACAACGUAAAUAUGCAGACGACACUAUGAUCAUAGCAACGAGUAUAGAGUAUCUACAACAUCUUAUCGAAAGCUUGAGUAUGAAUAGUGCUGAGAUGGAAAUUACUAUAAACACUAAAAAAACGAAGUACAUGCUAAUUACAAAAAGACCACAAAAUAUACAUCACCUAUUGACAAUCAAUGGUAACGUGAUAGAACAAGUAGAAAAAUAUCAGUACUUGGGAACUUUGAUCAAUGAAACCAAUGAUCAUACUGUAGAAAUAAACAGGCGAAUAGAGAUUGCCAGAUCAACAUUAAUACGAACGAAGCCACUCCUAAUGUACAAAAAUCUAAAUUUAGAGAUCAUACUACGUACCAUUCGCUGUUAUGUAUUUUCAAUAUUAUUAUAUGGAGCUGAGACUUGGACAUUAAAAAAAUGUAAUUUAAAAAGAAUCGAGGCCUUCGAUCUCUGGUUAUACCGCAGAGUAUUGAAAAUAUCAUGGACUGAUAGAAUUAUAAAUAAAGAAGUACUGGACAGGGUUGGUAAAGAAACAGAACUAAUCACCACUAUACAAACCAGAAAACUGGAAUACCUAGUCCACGUGAUGAAGGAACCAAAAUAUGAAAUUUUGAGACUCAUAAUACAGGGAAAGGUGCAAGGAAGAAGAUCUGUUGACCGAAGGCAGAACUCAUAGACACUCAGCAGCAAGUUCUAAAAUAAAAAUAGCCGUUAUGAUUGCCAACCUCCGUAGGGAGACGGCACUCUAAGAAAAAUACAAUUUUGAU